CUUUUUAAUAUUAUUUUCCUUUUAUUUCCCUUUCUCCCUGUAAAAAUCUCGAUCUAAAAAAGGGAAAAAAUUUAUUGUCUGAAAAUCCUCCGAGCUCAACAAGAAGCUUAAACUUUCACCUUUUUGCUAACCCAAGCAAUAUCGACAUUCUUCUCCCACUGCCACUCCCUUCUAGAUUUGUUUGUUUUAUUUUUAUUUUUUAUAAAAUUAUAAAAUUAUUCUAUUUUUCGAGAUCACGGUGCAGUUCAACCGUCUUGUUUCAGUCCACACCAACGGCUACGGUUGCAUGUUCGACGGCCGGAGUUUGUUCCAUCGCGAAAGCGAUCAAGACGGGUACGUCGUUGGAAUCUAUGUAUAGUGCUGAGAUUUGGAGAGUAGGAUUUGCCGACUACUUUGGAUGCCUAUUGGUAUUGGCUGCAGGAUAAAUGCUUUUUAUUUGGGAUUUAGGGUUUUCGAGCCUGGUGCUCGUGCUUUCCCUCCUACCUUUGAUCGGCUUUUUCGUAAGGCGGAAAUGGCAGUUAUCUGUAGCAAGGCAAGCGGAGAUAAAGAGGCUCUUGAUUUUGGCCUCUGAGGAGGCGGCUAGAGUCGAGCUUGAAGCGACUAUUGAAUACGGUACGGUUUCUAUUUCGUGGAACUAUCAACAGUGUGCUGUUUGUUAUUGUCCUACUACCACGCGGUGCGCUCGCUGUAAAGGGGUUCGAUAUUGUUCUGCGAAGUGUCAAAUUAUUCACUGGCGGCAAGGUCACAAGGAAGAAUGCCACCCACCUGCCAUUGCCGUACACCAAAAUCAUGAUGAGGGGAGCGAUUAUGGUCAGAAGGCGAUAAAUCAAGACCAAUAUGGAGAUAGAUAUGAGAUUGAAGAAAAGUCGCAUGCAAAGUUAAUUGGAACAUCCUCUACUGAAUCUGCAUUGUUUAGUUCCAUCACAGGACCUGCAUUAUUGAGUUCCUCUAGCUCUUCUGUGGUUUUAGAUGGGAAGGAUGAUGAUGCAAAGGUUGAGUUUCCUGCUGAUAGGGAAGGACUGAGCUCUGCUCCAGAAUCUUGCAGUGCUUCAUUUUCAGGAUUUUCGUCUGCAGCUGGUAGUGAAUCAUCUGAUGAUGUUUCUGUGUGUGAGAGCGUAAGUUCAAAUGAGCUUGAUAAAUUGGAUGGUCCCUCAUCUGCUGAUGUUAAUCUUGACACGUUUUGGACUUCUGUUGUCAACAAUGUGGAUCAAACCAAUCCAUCAUCCCCUAAAUUUGUCAGGUUGGUUGAUUCUGUAGAUGAAAUUUCUAAAUUAAGUCAUAGCAAGCCUGAUCAAAGUGAAGAGAGCCAGUGCAGAGCAACUAGUUCUUCAGGAUUAGGUGUUAGUGAUAUGUCUGAGGGCUCAAAUGCUGAGGCUUCUAGAUUUUCUUCUGAUUUUUGGGGCAGAACUUUGGAAUCAGUUCCAUCUACAAGUGUUGAUGACAAUGAGUCGUUUAACUCUUACCAUAAAGAAGGCGGUAAAAGGGCCUUACUUGAUUCUGGAUCAUCCUUACAUUUUUCAUUUACUUUGGCUGGAAAUGCUUCUUCCUCAUAUCCGCAAGUCUCCAAGGUGAAAGAUGCCAAAUUGGAUGAUGCUACUCAAUGUGCUACUACUUUGGGGCAUUCCAAGCUUUCAGAUGGAGUAGUUUUGUCCGAAAAUGCUGGUUUAGAUUCUCCGAAUGAAGGAAACUCUAAGUCCUCAAAUUCUGAAUGCACCAACCAGGGGGAGUGCGGAUCUAACAAUAUUCAGCAUGUUAUAAAUCCCAGAGAAGCUAUCAAUAUAGAUGUUCCACUAGUCGGUAGCUUGCCAUCUUCCCAUUUUGAAAAAUCAGGCUCUACUGUUGUCACUAAUGGACCUAGCAUUAGCAAUGCUUCUCAUUUGUCAGAGUCAUCUGAUUCUUAUUCAUCCAGUGACAGAGCGCAUGCUGUUCCCAAUGUGAAAUCUGGAAAAUUUGAUGAUGUUCAUGCAAAUUUCGCUAAAUUAUCUCAGUUUUCAAGUUAUUCUUCUAACGGUAAGAAUGGAUUGAAAACCUCAAUGUGGAAAGUUGUUGAUCAAUUCAGAGUAUCUAAAUUUCCAAAACACCAUCCAUUUGGAGUUAGUAAUGAGGGAAUUUUUCCUUAUGAAUCAUUUGUCAAGCUUUAUAGUUGGAACAAGGUGGAAUUACAACCACGUGGCCUUGUAAAUUGUGGUAACAGCUGUUAUGCCAAUGCUGUCCUUCAAUGCUUGACUUUCACUCCUCCUCUGACUGCUUACUUUCUUCAUGGAAUCCAUUCCAAAGCAUGUGCAAAGAAAGAUUGGUGUUUCACUUGUGAGUUUGAAAAAUUAAUUUUGAAGGCUAAAGAUGGGAAAUCACCGCUGUCCCCUAUGGGAAUACUUUCCCAACUACAAAAUAUUGGCAGUCAACUUGCUAAUGGGAAAGAGGAAGAUGCACAUGAAUUUUUAAGGUAUGCUAUUGAUGCUAUGCAAUCUAUUUGUCUUAAAGAAGCUGGGUUGGCUUCAUCAGGUUGUUUAGAAGAAGAAACAACUUUAAUUGGCUUAACAUUUGGAGGCUACCUUCGGUCAAAGAUAAAGUGCAUGAAGUGCCAAGGCAAGUCUGAACGUCAUGAAAAAAUGAUGGACCUAACAGUUGAAAUUGAAGGAAAUAUAGGAACCCUAGAAGAGGCUCUUCGGCGGUUUACUAGGACUGAAAUUCUGGAUGGAGAAAAUAAGUACCAAUGUAGCAGAUGCAAAUCUUAUGAGAAGGCCAAAAAGAAGUUGACAAUAUUAGAGGCUCCAAAUAUUCUUACAAUUGCAUUGAAGAGAUUUCAGUCCGGUAAAUUUGGAAAGCUUAACAAAGCGAUUCGGUUCCCUGAGAUUUUGAACUUGGCACCAUAUAUGAGUGGGACAAGUGAUAAAUCACCCAUAUACAGGCUCUAUGGAGUAGUGGUCCAUUUGGAUAUCAUGAAUGCAGCAUUUUCGGGUCACUACUUGUGCUAUGUUAAAAAUGCUCAAAACAAGUGGUUUAAGAUUGAUGACAGCAUGGUAACAUCUACAGAACUCGAAAGAGUUCUAACAAAAGGAGCAUAUAUGCUUCUUUAUGCCAGGUGCUCACCUCGGGCCCCAAGAUUGAUGAAGAACAGAAGUAAAGCCAUUCCAUCGAGUGUCAAUUCAAAAAAUCCGCUGAAGUCCAAUUCUUUGACAUAUUCUGGUCUUGAUGAAUUCCACCCCAGCUUGAUUCAUUCAGAUACUCCUAGCAGUAUUGAAUCUUUUUAUUCAAAAUACAAUCAACUGCAAAGGAUUUUAGAGGACUCGUCGUCAAGUGAUAGUUGUUCUCUUUUUAGCGUCAAUUCUGAUGAAGGUUCCUGCUGUACUGAUAGCACACGUGAUUCUACCAGCACUGAUGACUUAAUAGAUUCUAUAUUUGGUGAUUCAGUCCAAGGGUGGAACAGCCCAUGGAGGAGUUGUGAUUCAGAUGCUUUUUCUUCAUCAUCUUCUUCCUCCCUUUACUUGAGGCAUUCACCUGUUGCUGAUUUAGACCGAUAUAGUUCGGGUUCACCCAAAAUUCGCAGCUCUCGAAUGGAUGAGGAAGGUAAGCGAGAUGAUCUCUUUUUCCACUCCGACACGAUGAGUAAACAAUGUAGAAAGGUAGUAGUAGCUUAGGAAAACUGACUCAAAGAGAUUAACCUCUUAAAAAUGAUGCAUGUUUUAGAAAAUCAACGAGGGGAAGAAGAGAUUAAAAAUCUUAUUACGAGAUUUGAGUUAAAAUGAGGUAAAUAAGUGUUUUUGGGAGGGUUGUAUAUGUAAUGUACUUACUCAUGUAGUUAGCUUAGCUAUGUUUAAAGAAAGCAGCCUAUCCCUUUUUGUUCAUAGCUUCCCGUUCUCUGGGUAAAUAAUACACCAGCCUAAUCCUUAGGCCCCGGUUUAGCAUAA